AUGAUUUUGCGAGGUAGGCCUUGUCACUUACAAUUUGGCCGAACCAUAUGUCAGGGCGUACAGCAGAUUCUGCCGUCUGUGCUUUCGCGAACAAUUACAACUUGGAAGAAUGGCAAUGCUAUCGCUGUUUUGGCACAAACCAAGGAUCAUUUGAAGCUGGAGCGAUACAACGAGUUGAAAAGGUUGAAAAAUUCGCUUAUACGGAAAUAUGAGACAAAAUACCUGAGUUUAAUCAAUCAGAUUCGAAAAGUGCAUGAUCUGGAUGAAAACCUAGUCUCAAUGAUCUUUUAUCGUCACUCCGGGAAGCAGCAAUUUGCGGCUUUUUCCAAGUACGUGGUCUUUAUUGUCCAUUCAAACCUGGCUACAGACGAGAAGAAAAAGGCUCUUUAUGGGGCCAUUCGACUUCAACACGCAUUGUACCCGAAAGUCGCUGGAGAAAAAGGUAUUUUGAUCCCGGAAAAAGUACAUGAUUGGUUCUGGCUUAAUCUUCCAAGAACACAAAGUUUUGCUCAUUAUUACUUUCUAAUCCAAAAUAACGUGCUUCUGUCUUCUGCGGCUGUGCAGCGAUUUUCUUCACGGCUGCUGAAGGGCUCUGAAAUGGAGCAACAACUGGCAACUUUCCAGAUUUUCCUUCAGAGGCCUGAACACUGCAGCAUGUUUGAUGAGAAAUUUGUACUUCUAAACAAUUUCACGCACUGCUGUCGCUUGACUCAGGUGCUGAUCAGGCAAAAGGAUUUUAGACAUGUCGAGAGCUUUUUUAAAGCACUUCUGGUGCAGCUAAGCACGCUCGGUACGACAUAUGAAUGCAGAAACUAUGGCGAGAGAAGUUCCAUGCUGCUGAAAUUCGUCAAUACAAUUUUGCUUUAUUUGAGAGCUUCCGGAAAUACUGAACUGUUUUUGCAAACAUUCACCACCGUUUUCGAUUUAAUUUCUAUGCAAAAACUCGACGCAUCAUUUCUUCACAAGCCACUGAUCAUAGCAGUGGUUUAUCUAAGGGGGAUACGACAAUAUGGCCAGGCUUUGAAGCUGAUUUCUUACGCUCAGGAUUUACCUACCAAGUCAGGCUUUUUAUUCAAGCAAAUGCUCAUAGGUGAGCUGCUAACGACUUUCCGCCGUCUUGGCGACUUUCCAAUGAUUCUCAAGUACGUGCCGGCCGCGUUUUCGCACCCAAAGACGGCGAUUUUGCUUAACAAACUAGGUCUUAGAGGCCUUGCUGACGGUGGCCUAGCAGAACCUGUACCAGAAUCACAACUCCAUCAGGAACUGGCGUCGACCGCGCCAAUGACGCCCGUGCUUCCGAAACUUCGGAAGAGAAUACUUCCUAAUUCAGUCGUACUGACGGAGCUUUAUCGAGCUGCCAUGCAAUUUACCUGCAACGUUCUGGAGCGUGAGCGAUUCAAGGGACUCAUACUUAAAUUGUACGACAAUUACAAAAAAACACUUCUGAGUGACAAGCAGCUUUUCUUCUUCCACGACUACGGCGUUAUCAAUGUUCUACUCCACACGUUACGGUUCCAACUCAAAGAACACCGGAUGGCUUUCGUAAUGCUGAAAGAUUUCAUGGAACUGCCCAUCAAGACGUACGGUUCUCCAUCGCACACGUUUGGUCUCGUGCUCUAUAACAACUACGCGCUGUCACAGUCGGAGGUUUCGAGUCUCCUCGUACUCAUGGACAAGAAGAAUGCGAGUGUCGAUUUUAAAAUUAUAGUUUCCAUGAUCCUGCGGCAUCUAAGAUGGGAACAAGAAGACGAAGCACAUUCGUGGUUCAAAAAAUUAACACAUGCAAGGUUUCCACUGGAGCACAAGGCUUUGAUCCAACAAGCAGUUAUGCGCAAUUGGAAGCUUCCUAGUCACGUUGACACGUCUUUUUUGCAAGAAUCAAGCCCAGAACCUGCACCCGAUUGCAGUACGGACGAUUUGGACGAACUCUUGAAGGAGGAAACAUUUCAAGAUGAAAGUGAGCUACAAACUCAAUUUGCCAAUGAUUUGGUACAUCAGAUGGAAGCCUUUAGAAUAACCACAGCUUCUGAGGCUUCCGUGACACUAUCACGAUAA